UAAUGUUAUAUAUUUAUAUGUUACUGGGUGAAGUACAUAUUUUUUUAAUAUCAAUUUUAAAAUCAUUUAGUGGACUAAUUUGAACAGCAUGUGUUUCUAACAUACUCCUCUUAUACUCAUAUUAUAAAUUAUAUUAGACUUCCUUUCAUAAUUUAAAUUGACUGUUGCUGGAACAUCAAUUAUGCACAACAAUUUUAAAUUUUCGGGCUUUCUGAUAAACUAAAUAAUUACUAGUUUUUAAAAGUUUAUUGAGUAAAGAUGACGGUAUUGGUUUAGUUCGAUUUAGGUGGGUUUAUAAGUUACGUUGUCAUACAAAAUAUGUUCCGGUAUUAGUGCUCUGAUAAAAAUAAUUUUACUUGGAAUUAUGAACAGGCCUUACUUUAAAAUAUUUCACCGAACGCUCUGAAUAACGAACCAGUCAUGGAACAUUGUUCUGCGUAUUAUGAUGAUAAUCGAGUAUGCCAUGGCAAAUGGCGUCGUCUGUUCAUUCGUGACAGGGAUUUAUCUUAUGGUAGCUUUUAAUUUACAAAGAGGUAAACAUGUUUUUUUACAGCAAUUAUUUCAAAGUACUGAUAGAACCGUUUUAGUCAAACUGUCCGUUUCCUACGCAAAGAAUAAUAUCUAUGGGGAGUAACAUUAGAAUGCUGUAGGCAAAUUACACCCCCUCCCACUUUGUCCAGUCUAGAUAGCGGUAAAUUGCAUGGACACCUGCUGACAUGAGGGGCUUUUUAAAUGGCAUUUCACUACAUGUUGUUAAUUGUCAUAAUACUAGACUUUGAUGAUUAAAAUCAGGGGCCAAUCUUUCGCACCCUUCCUUAGCUGUGAAGGGUCAUUAAUCUGUGAAUAAAUUAUAGCAUUAUUAUUUACGCUUCAAUUUCAUUGGUUUUUAAUUGAGAAGGGUCAUAAAUCUCUGAAUAAAUUAUAGCAUUUUUGUUAAUAUUACUUAUAUGUUAUUGAAUGAUAGAACUAUUUGGUGUCUAUGGAAUAUCAGAAAAGUUGAUUGACAGUAAAUACAAUCACAUUAUAUAUAAAAAUCAACAAAAAGCAACAACAAAAUAACAACAACAAAAACCCAAAACAAAAAACAGUUGUAAAAUGUAAUGGUAAAUUAUAAAGGCAUGCAUUAUGUUUUGUUUUUCCCCAUUUACUGUGCAAUAUUGCAUACAAAAAUGAAUUUGGAAUGGUAAUGACUCUUUUAAAUAUGACUAAAGAUUGUUUAAAGGCCAUUCAUUUUGCUAAGUGUUAUGUUAUAUUAUUUCAGAUUGAGACAACAGAAGGGGCAUUGAGGCUAGUCAGAAUAAAGGAUUUUCUAGCAGACAAGAAUCUACUGUGUUCUAAAUUCAAAAAGGCUCUGGAGAAAGAUUCUAGGUCCAUUUUCUGCAAGAUUUUCAAGAAAGUAUACAGUGAGUUGAUUGAGAAUGAGGAUAGUAGCACUGACAUCAGUACUGGAACAGAUGUUGCAUCUUCCCCAAACAGUUCACAGCUGCACCCUACCUCAGGACUGCAGAGACAAUUAGUGGAUGAGAAAAUUGUGGGGCGAUGUGUUCCUGUUCACUUGGACAACCUUUUUGCACCAGGCCGCGCACACCAGACGAGGGCCCUGGACCUUAAACACAUCCAGGAUCUGAAAGAGUCAUUUUCUAAAAAUCCUGAGCAACUGGUGGUUUUGUAUGGAGAAGUGGAGGAGUGUUACACCUCUGAACAACUGACAACAUCAGAAGGUGCAAAAGUGUAUGUAAUUGGAGGUAAUCACACCAGAGUGGCCCUUCAGUCACUGAAAGAGAAUGGUUUGUGGGGCCAAAUUACAAUACAGAUGACACUUUAUCAAGGUGUGUCACAAGAUGAAGCUUUAUUUCUUGGUGUCCACCAUAACACAGUCCAUGGCUUCGCAAAGCCGAUGUCAUUUAUAGAAAAAGUAAACCUAAUAAGAGAACUAGGUGGAAAGGGCUUUUCCAAAAUGACGAAAAAGGAGAAGAAUAACUUUUAUUCAAGUCUGAUGAAAGUGUUUGAUUAUGAGACACCUACAAAGGCUAGGUACAAUCUGAAGAAUCACUUAGCCUUAGCAAAGACAAACACAGAGGUUUGGGGUCUUGUACAGGCAGUUGGUGAUGCCUGGGACAGACAGGCUAUUGUGGAACAGCCAAGAAAAAAGAUGAUUGAGCAAACAUUUUUCAAAAAGCUUGUUCAUUUAUCGGAAGAGACAAUGAUAAACAGCUUAAGAACGCUAAUGAAUGAAGGAUACAAAGCGUACCUUAAAACUCUGAAGAACAAUGAUGGCAAUGAUGUUUUGCUCCCAGAAGAUGGCACUUAUGACAAGCCUGAUCAAGAAGAUGGCUACAUUAAUGAACCUGACAGUCAAAAGGAGAUUCAUUUUGUCGAUGAUAGCAGUAAUGAAGAUGACAACAGAGAAGAUAGUGACAGUGAAAUACCUCUUUUGAAGAGAGAGAUGGCUCUGAUGAAACCAGAGAAUGAGAGGCUUACACACGAGAACAGCAAGCUUAAGGAGGAACUUCUUGCUAUGAAAGCCACCAAUGAAAUGCUAAGAAGAGAGAAGACUGCACUGCAGGUAAGAUGCAUUUGUUUUAUUUGAAUUAGAAAUACAUUGCCAAUUAAGAUAGUUGAGUCAUUUUUAGCUUGACUAAUUAAAGAUUAGUUGGACUGUCCUACUUACUCAGACAUUUGGUAAAAUUUUGGCUUUUUUUUCAUUUCAUCAAUCACUACAUAUAUAACUAUAUUUGCUUGUAUCUAUACAUUCAAGAUCAUUGUCAGUCUAUAACUCUGACAGAUUCAGACUUAUGUAUAGCCAUUUGAGAAAUUCCAUCUGUAAAAUUAAUUUCCUGAAAGUGACACAUAAAACAUGUCUUUGGUAUCAUAGUUGGACAGCACAUUUAAAGUCCUAUAACUCUAGCAUUGAUUUAAGAGCGCUUCAUAAAAUGCCACUAAUGUUUUACAUGCAAGAUCAAUUCUACACAACUAUUACUACAGAAGUCUUACACAUGUGUCUGUUUUCAUAAUUGAAGGGCACUAUCCAAAACAUAACCAUUUCAUGUAUUUUGAAUACAAUAAUGAUAUAUCUUGGUAAAUUCCUUCUUUCAAUUUCUAAAUUAAAAAUAGAAACAUACUAAAUGUAAUAGUUGACAUAUUUAUUGUGUUAAGGAUUGGUUUUUGCUGUUACCUUCUGG